AAAAAAAAAAAAAAAAAACGCCUCGAAUGCCUUUCCAUUCCUUCUUGCGCCAACACCCUUCCUCUCCCAUAGUACGCCACCACAAACCACUACCACCGCCACUCCCUCCUCCACCAGCAGCAGCAGCACCACACACCCCAGCUAUGUCGACCUCCUCCGCCGUCGAAAUGAUCUUCGAGGGUGCGUCUGCCAAGGUCUCUGAGGGCACCCAAAUCGCCUUGUCGACUAUCACUCACUCGGGCAUCGCCGAGAACUAUCUCACCCCGCUGAUCCGUACGUGUCGGUAUGUGGGGGUGUCUUGCGGUGGUCACCGUGCCGGUGACUUGUUCUCUUGGCGCGUUGUUGAUGGUCAACAUCGGAUGCAUUAUCGUUACCGCAAGUGCGCUUUUCGCGAUGCAGGUGUCCAUUAUGACGUUUUCCGUCUUUGUGCUCAUCCCAUUGCUGGUUUCGGUGCUUGUUGUCGUUGGAGGACCGACAUCUUUGCUGAUUUUCACACUGUACAUCUGUAG